AAUUACAUUCAAAAGUCAAAAUUCAAAAUAUUUCUAACUUCUAAAUAAAAUUUCAUUUUAUUUUGAUUGCAUACUACCUUAAAAUAACAAAUUGUGCCUGUUCAUUUAACAUUAUUAGUUAGAUCUAAGGUUAGGUACAUUAAAUGUCAGCAUAGAGCGCUGAAUAAAUAAAUGUUAUGACAAGUGUGAAUUAAGCUUUUAUUUUUAAAUUUUGCCGUCAUAUAAUAAAAUUAGAAAUAAAGUGAAAUUUACGUGUAUUUUUGAGUUUUACUGGAAUGGAUAAUUCCUUGAACAAUGUUGCUUCAUUACUUCAUAAAUUAUGUAAAGGAUUGUCAUCUAAUCCAGACGGAGCAUAUGAAAUGGCCCUGUCUUAUUUGUCUUCAACAAAUGACAAAACCAAUUUACCUCUUGAUGAAAAAUUACUAUGCCAAAAAAUUCAUUCUCGAUUGGCUACUAUUUCAAGUAGAGAUGCAGAGAAGUUUAAUGAGUCCUUUGCAAAUCUAAAAAAUACAUUUGUAUUAAAGCAACGGGUAGCAGUAUUAUAUCUCUUGCUUCAACUAGCAGAUGGUCCCCAACAAUCAGAUUCUACUCAACAACUUUUCCCAGUGCCAAAUCUCAACAUUGCAAACUCUGCUGUGGCAUUUUCAGGGACAACUACUUCCAGCAAAAGUACAAUGGGAUCAUUAAGUUGGGAUGGAAACACUCCAAAGCAGCAAAAUUCCAAUCCAAGUAUUCCCUCCAAUAACAGUAAUAUGGCCUUAGCCCUACAAACAUGUGAUCGUUCGAAUGAACGUUCAUGUGUGAGGGAUGCAGUCCUGGCAGCAACAGGUGUUAAGGCGAGAACAAGUUGUUCAUGGCCUAGACCCAUACAAAUACUUUAUUCUCGGAUUGCACACCUUGGUUUCUUACACGAUAGACUCAAGGAAUUUAUUGAUCCCACUUCUGGCAUUAUGCCACAAGGUCUCAUGGGUGAAGGCUUGGUGGCAGCAAUCAGAGAUGAGUUAACAGAAUACUAUAGAAGUGUUGCGUUGUUACAAUCCCAGGUCUGUGAAAGUGAUGGGGGUGGGGGCACUCUUCGGCGCGUAUGUGUUUGGGCUCAAGAUCCUUUACAUCGAUUGACUUGGCUGGCAAAUAUUACACAUGCUGCUCAACAUAAAAAAGGUGGUGAAUUGGCGUCAUGCAUUCACCGAUUUGUUCAUCACGGUGACGAACGAGUGGCGGCUUUAGCUCGCAGACUCCUGACUGCACUUACAUAUCCAUUACUACUUAUGCUAACUCGAUGGCUUUUACAUGGAGAGAUUGACGAUCCCUUCAAUGAGUUUUUCAUUGAGAGUCGUAGUGGUGUACCUAUUGACAGAAUGUGGCAUGAUAAAUACAGAGUGAGGGAUUGGAUGGUUCCAUCGUUUAUGUGUCGGGAGCAAGCUGCACAAAUCCUGGCUACUGGCAAAAGCGUAGUGUUUAUGAGAGAAGCUUGUGCUGAUUUACCUGAUCACCCUGGGGAAGCAGAUUCAACACCAGACCAUGCACAUCAUUUACAACAUCUUCUUGCUGCACAUACACGAAAUGCUGCAAGCAGCGAGGAGGAGUCAUCGGGCGCGGGGUGGUGGGAGGCGGGCGGGCUGCGCGAGGGCGUGGGGCUGGCGCACGCGGCGGCGGCGGCGCGCCUGCUGGCCGCGCUCACCUCGCACCACCACCUGCUGGACCACCUCGCCGCGCACCGCCGCUACCUGCUGCUCGCGCAGGGCGACUUCGUGCACCACCUCAUGACGCUGUUGCAGGAGGAAUUAAACAAGCCAGCAACAUCAUUGUAUGUACACAACUUGACAUGUACGUUGGAGGCGGCCGUCCGCGCCACCAAUGCGCAGUUCGAACCGCCGCAUGUGCUUGCUAGGCUACAUGUUAAUCUUUAUCCAAACUGUGACGGGCGCGAAGACAGCGGGUGGGACGUGUUCGCGCUGCAGUACCGCGUGGACGGGCCGCUGGGCACGCUGUUCCCGGCCACGUGCGCGGCGCGGUACCGCGCGCUCUUCACGCAGCUGUGGCGCGUCAAGCGCAUCGAGUACGCGCUGCACGACGCGUGGCGCGACCACGCCAUACUGCACAAGCGGCUCAAGGGCAUGCCCGAGGUGUGGGGUCUGAUGCGGCGCGUGUCAUGUUUGCGCGCGGAGGCGUUGCGACUGUGCGGCGCGAUGCAGGAGGCGAGCUGCGUGGGCGCCGAGCCCGCGUGGGCCGAGCUGCUCGCCGCCGCGGCCGCGCGCGCGCACCUCGACCGCCUGCUGCGCCUGCACCACCGCGCGCUCGACCGACACUCCAUACACGCCAUGAUACACCACACCACUCAGGAGUUGCAAUCUUAUUUGGGGAAUGUUUUGAACGAAACACUGGCACUGCGCAGUUUCGAGCAGACACUACACGCCGGCAUUAAUGCGGAGCUCGAGCGACGAGAGCGGUAUGAAGUGUUGAAAGCUGAGCGAGCUGAUAGAGGGGAAUACGCCAUUACUGCAGCAGACGAGGCGCUUGAUAAAGAGAAGAGGAAAAUAUUCCAUCAAUUCUUAGCCAGUCGAAAAGCUGAUUUGAACGUUUGGGCGCGAACAUAUAGAGGCCACGUGACCACGCUGAUACUGAAAUUGGCUUUGCACCAAGAAGUGUCUCUGCAAACGUUAGCAUUCCGCCUCGACUAUAGCGACUUCUACAAGCGAGGAGACGCCAAACUGCACGAACCACUCACGUAUCAACACAAGCGACUCAGUGAAAUUGGACUUCAUUUAGCUAAGAGUAAAUUGAUUGACCACCACUCUAAGAAGAAGUGACAAGAAGCCAGGACGCCUAGCACUGGCCUGUUUUGUGCACAGUGGCUUGGUAGUCUCGGAUGCGUUGGGUCCAAGUAGAGAUACUGAUUUUUAUAACAUUAAUAAGAUAACACAACAAUUUGAUUAUUAUUAAUGGGUUUAUUUGUGUUUCUUUACAUUGUACUCUGAGACAUUAACCAUCACUUUUUUAACUUUAUCCUUGAUAAGUGCCAUUGUAAAAUUACUAAUUGAAUUAAAUAAUAUACCUACUGCAA